UCCACUGCCUCUUAAAAGUGAGCUCAUCUGGCACUGGGUUGCAUUGAAGUCCUCCACCGUGCCUGAAGGAAGAAUGCUUUUGGGCGGUGGGAACGUGGAGAAGAUGUGGUCUGUCCAGCUGUCCCUUGGAGUGCUAACCAUCUUGACCAUGACUGUGUAUGUCCCAUCUACACAUGGAGAGCCUUUUUUACUACAAGAGAACCGAGUGCUUCCGGAGAGAGGAGACACAAAUCACGAGGACACCCUGCUGACUCUGCUUCUUAAUAAGAAGCUUGCAUGGCGGAGACCAGAAAAUAUUGACUGGGAGCUGGCAAAGAAAUUUGAAGAGCUUGAACAGCUGGAGAAGUUGAAGGAUCAGCUCUCAACUGAGGAAGGGUCAGAGGUGGCCUAUGCCUUGGAAAGCCUCUCAGCAUCCCAGCCCAAAAAACGCGCCUGCUUUUGGAAAUACUGCAUCUGAAGGCUUGCCAGGACUGGAGGAUGAAGACGAGCCCUCCCCAAACUGCCUUGUUGGGUAUUAAUGUGUUAAGAGUUUGUUCUGUUCUGUCAUCGUGCUGCUAACUUGGAUGCCAUCCUCCAUGACCGCACCACAGCCAAGUCUAACAGGGACCGUGACAGGAGCUGGUAACCCGCUACCACUCUCCGCUGCUCCUUCCUUCCAAGUUUAACUUGCCGUGAUCUUCUACUUGGAAGAUGCUUCCCAACUUUCCUUGCUGUCCUGUGUCUGCUGCCACUGUACACUCUUCCCCUUCUCACCAGGUCCCCCAAGGCACCAAACGCUAACUCAGUUCCCCUGAGCUUGGGCCUCUGCCCACAUCUGCAGACAUUCCUCACUGUGGUGUCUGGGUUUCCCGUCGCCUCCUACGAGCAGGUCUGUGAUGACCUAACACCCGCUGUUG